UCCUACACCUUUCUUUGCCUCUCUUAGUUUUCGUUGAAAUGGAAAUUAAGUUUCCAUUUUCCCUCAUCAUCGCUUUCAUCACCCUUCUCUUCCUGUUAUUCAACUUAAUCAAGAACGUUACAAAGAAAUCCAAGAAAACUAGUAGUGUCGCCGGAAAACUGCCGCCGGGACCGUGGAAAUUACCAUUUAUAGGAAGUAUCCACCAUCUGGCAGGCAGCUCAGCACCACCCAAUCAUGUUCUAAGAGAUUUAGCGACGAAACACGGCGGCAUAAUGCACCUCCAGCUGGGGGAGAUUUCCGCCGUGGUGAUAUCGACUCCCCGGGCGGCGAAACAAGUACUGAAAACCCACGACGUCGCCUUCGCCAGCCGGCCGGAAAUCCUAGCCUCCAAGAUCAUGACCAACAAUCAAAACAUCGCGUUUGCUCCGUACGGCGAGUACUGGCGACAGAUGCGCAAAAUCUGCAUCUUAGAGCUCCUCAGCUCGAAGAUGGUGUCGUCGUUUUCGCCCAUCCGGGAAGCCGAGGUUUCCAAGUUGGUUCAGUACAUGAAAUCCUCUUCGGGAUCGCCAGUCAACCUGACGGAGAAAAUCUUUCAGUAUACCAACGCCGUGGUUUCCCGAGCAGCAUUUGGGACGAAAAUCAAUGACGAAGUGGGAGUUUUGUCGCUGAUAAAUGAAGGGAUUGCCUUGGCCGGAGGUUUCGACGUGGCUGAUCUUUUCCCUUCUCGGAGAUUUCUGCAUGUACUGAGUGGGAUGGAGCCCAGACUGAGGAAGCUGCGCCGUAGAAUUGAUCAAAUAUUGGAUCAAAUCAUCGACCAGCAUAGACAGAAGCACAACGACAAUAUUGGAUAUUGCGACGAAGAUAUAGUUGAUGUGCUUCUUAGACUCCAGGAGAAGGGUGGCUUUAACUUCCCUAUCACAACCGACAACAUCAAAGCUGUCAUUCAGGACAUGUUUUCAGCUGGAACAGAAACCUCAGCAUCAACAACCGAAUGGGCCAUGUCAGAAAUGCUAAGAAAUCCAGGAGUGAUGGAGAAGGCACAAGCUGAGCUGAGAGAAGUGGUGAAAGGGAAAGACAAAAUCCAAGAAAUUGAUGUGAAGGAACUGAAGUACUUAAAAAUGGUGAUCAAAGAAACUCUAAGGUUGCACCCACCUAUUCCCUUGUUACUCCCAAGGGAGUGCAGGGAGGAAAGGGAAAUCGAGGGGUACGUCAUACCACCCAAAACCAAAGUCAUCGUUAACGCCUGGGCGAUUAACAGGGACCCCGAGCACUGGAAAGACCCCGAGAGCUUUAAACCGGAGAGGUUUAGAGACAACAACGACGGGAUGGAAUACAUGACGGGUGGGCAGAAUAUGGAGUUUAUUCCAUUUGGAGGGGGAAGGCGAGUGUGCCCUGGCAUAGCCUUUGGUUUAGCCAAUGUUGAACUUCCUCUUGCUAAUUUGCUCUACCACUUUAGGUGGAAGCUCCCUGAUGGAACUAAGCCUGCAGAUGUGGAUAUGACUGAGGUGUUUGGGGCCAGUUCCAAGAGGAAGAAUAAUCUGUUUCUCAUUGCCACACCGGCCUAAUACUAUACUAGCUGAAUUAUAUUAUCCAAUCAUUGAUUUCCACCAGAAAUCAAUGACUUGUAAGUUGUAAUGAUAUGGUGACCUACUUGUGGGAGUUAAUAAAUGCACCUCACUGCUCUUUUCAUUUUAA